AUGGAUAUAGAAAGAGAGCUUCACAUGACAGACUACGCCAGAAACUCUUCCGUACAGAAGAAAGCAUCUGAUAAGACAAAACACAUAACAUUAGAAACAGUGCAACAACUCUACAAAGAGACAAGACCCAAGAGUUUAAAAAUAGCUGACCUGGGAUGUUCUUCAGGACCAAACACUCUUUCCACCAUUAGAGACAUCAUCAAAGCCGUCAAGUUUGCUCACCACCUUGAGAUCCCAAACCAGCCUUUGCCCGAAUUCAGCAUCUUACUUAACGAUCUUCGUAGCAAUGACUUCAACUCUAUAUUCAAGUCCUUGCCUGACUUUCACACAGAGCUCAAGAGAGAUACCAACUAUGGUGAUUGCCCUUCAGUUUUCAUUGCAGCCAACCCUGGAUCAUUCUAUGGAAGGCUCUUCCCUGAAAAAACCAUCCAUUUUAUCUAUAUUCCUCUUUUAGCUUGCACUGGCUUUCCAAGGUUCCUCCAGGGAGAGACUGAGCAGGAGAAGCUCGAUUCUUACGAGAAUCACUUUUACGCCCCAAGUGCUGCUGAGACAGAAGGUGAAGUGAACAAAGAAGGGUCCUUUGAAUUAGAGAAGCUAGAGAUGAUUGAAGUAGCCAAUAAGUGGGGGCAAGGAGGAUGGUAUCAGUGCCGGUUUGGUGUUUGUAAAGACGAUAAAAGAGCGUCUCAAGGGUCAAUGCUUGCUCAACACUUCGGAGAAGAGAUAUUGGACAAGAUGUUUGAUACAUAUGCUAGAACUGAUUGA